AUGUGCCUACUAUCACAGCAACUCGAGAAAGCGGACCAGGAGCGAUUCGAGCUUCAAAAGCAGCUCAAGGCUCUGGAGUCGGGCUCGGCGUUGGCGGCGCAGAAGGCCGCCCACGAACAGAUCAUCAAGAAUCUCCAGCGCGAGAACGCCAUGAUCUCCACGGCAUGGUACGACCUCACGAGCCGGCUACAGAGCAACCACGUCGUCCUGCAGAGGAAGGACCAGCCCAAAAGCUGGCUGAACAAGCAGAGGCAGAUGGUGAAUGGUAAGGAGGACCCCUUCUCCUGCACCGGCCACGCCCCGAAGGUAGCAGCUUCCAGGCUUGUAGGAAAUCCUGGCGGGAGGGUUCCGGGCGCGCCUUACGGCCUCGCACGCGGGCGACGUCUGGACCUUGCUGGCGGCCGCGCAACCGCCGCCGCCGCCGCGGCGCCCGUGCACGAGCGUGAGCGGCACGUCCCUCUUCUCUUCUCUUACUCCUUUUUCCUUCCGCCUUUUUUCCUUGCGUAUUAUAGUCACGACAUCGACGGCUCAAGAUCAUCAUACAACCACUGCUGGCAGUCAAAGCGGUAG